UGCUGGAUCAUUUACUGCUGGGCAGGGGUUAUAAGGUUUACAUGGACAAUUUCUACACUAGCCCCGGCCUUUUCACUGCUCUGCUACAGGAGAACACCCUUGCAUGCGGCACCUUCCGUACCAAUUGGCAAGGCUUCCCACAAACAACAAGGAACGAUCUUCCAAAGAGAGCGAAGAGAGGAACCAUCCGCUGGUGCAGACGUGGGAAGCUACUGUUUGUGAAGUGGAUGGACACAAGAGAGCCGAGGACGAAAACCUGGACAUGCUGCUCUCUCUUUUUGAAGAGAGUCAGGGUCAGAAUCCAGAGACCUCUGCUGCUAGAGAAGGGGAGGACAAUUUGGAUGAUCUGUUUGAUGACGACUGUGAUGAAGGCGAAGGUUAUGCUGAGCCAGAGGAGGAAGAGGAAAAAGACAUAGAGUCAGCAAGCUCGAGCCCAGGAGGGAAAAGUGAACUGAAUAAAUCUAAAGAGGACCUGGAGGAGGAGCUGAAAAGCAUGCGAGAGAAGAUGCAAAAGCUACAGCAGCAGCUGGAGGCGUCUCAAAAAGGUGUGGUCUCCCAGCCCAUGCAUAACCCCUCAUCACAGAGACCAAGUACCAAACCUUUACCAGCAACACAGCGUUCCACCAAGCAUCUGACGUCCCCCCAGCAGUGCGGCAAACCUGUCCUACAAACAAACCCCAGCAUCCGGUCAUCUCCAACAGCCCAGAAAGCAACAUUGUCUCCACCUGUAGAAGCAAAUUGCAAACAGAGGACUGCACUGCCAACCAAAGCUGCCUCCUCUGAAAAGCAGAGUCUGCUGGGACAUAAUGUGAGCGACAGAUUGUCGCAGCCAGCAAGGACUAACGCUAAAAUCAGUGACACAAUGAAGUCGCCCCCAUCAAGUAGAAGUGCUGGUGUAACUCCUCCCAUUGCAAGACAAGCCACACCCAGACCCUCUGUCACUCAGGACGUUACUGUGGAGAAAUUCUCAGGUCUCCGGCUUAGGAGACCUCGUCUGUCUUCUGUAGAAAUCGAACACAAAAUGGCUAACCGCAAAAUGAUCAGGCUCUCACAGUUGCCUGACCGACUGGCCAGGGACAAUCUAGAAGACAGUGACUGGGUCACCUUUGCUGUGGUGAUAAGUAAAAUCACCCCACAAAGCAAGAACAAUGGCAAAACCUUCAGUAUCUGGAAGCUGAAUGACCUUCGUAACCUUGAGGUAAAUGUGUCACUGUUCCUCUUUGGAACUGUUCACACAGACCUGUGGAAAACGGACACUGGGACAGUGAUUGGCAUACUUAACCCCAACCAAAUGAAGAAUAAAGAUGGAUCUAAUGAGCUCUGCCUCACAGUGGACCAUCCACAGAAGGUUCUAAUGUUGGGGGAAGCCAUGGAUUUUGGUACUUGCCAGGCUAAGAAGAAGAACGGGGAUUCCUGCACCCAGUUAGUCAACUUGUAUGAAUGUCAGUACUGCCAGUACCACGUUAAGGCACAGUACAAAAAGAUGAGCUCAAAGAGAGCAGAGCUUCAGUCCAGCUUCACAGGCUCGGCCCCUGGAAAAAAAAAGGGCCGGGGUGGUUUGAGGGAACGCCUGUGCCAGAGUGACUUCCACUAUGGGGGCAUGUCCUCACUUGCCUGUGCACCGUCAGUGACUGCCCCACAGCCGAAGAAACAGCCCUCAAUUCAAGCAGUUUUGGCUUCUAUCCCCUCCAAGAAGCUUGGACUGAGUUCAGGUGAAGUGUCUGGAUGUUCGGAUGACUUCAAAACCCUAAUGUCCAUGCCUACACCAGGAGCUCUUCAAAUGAAGAGACACUUGGGACAAGCUCAGUCAGCAGAGCCAUCCACAUCAUCAGUCCUGUCCAUCUCUGCUGCCGACCUCCUCAAACAGCAGAAAGAGCUGCACAAGCAAAGGCUGCAGGCCAGACAGAAGAGGGCAGAAGAGAUCCAGAAGAGGGUGCUGCAGAACACAGGGGGUGCAGUUGGUCCAGCUAGACCCUCUAUAAACAGUGGUGCUCUACUCUCUCAGAAAGCAGGGUCAGAGGUUUCAAAGGGUUCCUCUCCACCUGCACGCCGUCUCAGUGCCCCUCCUGUACCCACCCUGGGGAGAGGCUUUAUGGAGGGGGAGGAUAUUUUGCUGGACAUGUCUCCUCCUCCUCCCUCAAAAAGCUUGUCAGCUGCAAAGAUGGCUGCAGUCAGAAAGCUCCAGGCCAAAGGAGUGGCCAUUGUUAAAGAUGACCCUAACUCUGUGAAGCGCAAGCGGCCCAGCAGCAGUGAGAUCACUUCCAGAGUGCAGCGCAGCCUGACCUCUCCUGAAGGUGAGAAGACAACUGCUGAGGAGGAAGAGGAGGAGGAGCCAGCUCAGAAGAAGAGGCGGGAACAGCUAGAAUUUAUCCAGUCAGAGGAGUUUCAGCGCAUUCUCAAUGCAAAGUCCACAAACUCCUGGAUUAUGGGAGAGGUGGAAGCGCAGGCCAUGCAGGACUACUUUGAGCCGCUGGUGCAGAAGGAGAAGCUGGAAGAAAAGAUGAAGAGCAUCAGAGAAAUGAAAUGUCGUGCAGUCACCUGUAAAAAUUGCAAGUACACGCACUUCAAGCCGGCCGAGCGCUGUGUGGAGGAGAAGCACGACUAUCACUGGCAUGAUGCUGUCAAGCGCUUCUUUAAAUGCCCCUGUGGCCAGAGGAAGAUCAGCUUGGCCCGCUUCCCAAGUACAGCCUGCAGCAACUGUGGCCUGUUCAAGUGGGAAAGAGAUGGCAUGUUAAAGGAGAAGAAUGGGCCGAAGAUUGGAGGAGAGCUACUGUUGCCACGUGGUGAAGAGCAGCCCAAAUUCUUCAACAGUAUGAAAUAGAGCCAACAGCCUCCCUCUGCUCCAUCUGCUCUAGGAAACAAAGUAGUGAAGCUGGAAACCUCUCUCAGGCUUAGGCUUUGGCAGAAUGCUGAU